CGCAUGCGGAUUCUUUCCCGCGCUAUUUCCAGCACCCGGUUAAAAAACGCUAAAUUAUUUUUAUUAUUAUUUUAUUUUACAACCGCCAUAUUUAAUUACUUACAUAAAUUAAAAACACGCAAUAAAGCGUUAAAAGCUUUCGAAGCGGACCGUACGAGCUCCAAACCAGCAAUACCGGCACUUAUAAAAACCAUAGCGCCAAAAAGGGAAAGCAUCCGGAAACGGUUAAAAGCAAAACCAAUACCGGUAAGCACCCCAAAUUUGUUAAGCCCGUUUUUAUUAGCACGCCGGAACGUGUAA